AUGUCUCACUCAACUUCAUGUGGGGCAGGCGAGAAGGCGCCGCUGGUGCGUGGUAACCUAUCUGAGACUCAUGGGGACCCCUACGUAGAUGAGCUGGGACCUGGCGCCCCCGUGUAUACUACCUCGCCUAUCCGAGACGAUCGCACGAGUCGAACGUCUGGCACCAUCUCUACCGUCAACUGUGAUGUCACCGAUGACGUCGGCGGGGACGUGGAGACGGCAAAGCUGAGAAAUUGCCAUAAUGAGAAGCAACAGCAGACGCGCCACACCUUCCUCACGCCCGGUGGGCAACCCUCCAGCAAUGAGCUAUGGCGCUUCCGCGCGCGCGGCUGCCAAGACUGUUGGGCAGCGCUGUUCUUCACGGCACUCAUCGCGGUCGUACUGCUCUGGGGUGUGGAACAGGUGUGGCAGCUGCAGCUGACGGACCGCGACCUCGCCAUUAUCGCUGGUAUCGCCGGGGGAAAGGGCUACGCAGGCACACUCGCCGGCGCCCCUGCGGCGGGCGGCUCUGUCCACGGUAAAGUGCUGCACGGCGUGGCUGCGCUGCGUGCGGGUGUGGCAGCUCUUUGGGCCGGGAUGGAGGGUUUUGCGCCUCCAGCGAAAGCGCACAACAACGACCCCCCCUCGCCUUCCUCCUACGCUGGGAUGAUGGGGACUGUCAUGCGAGUACUGAUAUGGUGUGCAACAGCGGCAACCACCACCAUCCUGGUCGCGUACAGCGGACUUCUUCUCAUCGCCGUCUACCCCCACCAACUUAUAUUCAUCCAGUCCGCCGUCGCAUCAAUGAUCUCUGCUGCCUCCGCCGGCGUGGCCCUUGCCCAAGGCGCGGGACUGACAGCAAUGCUCUUCGGCUUUCUGGCGUUCACGCCGCUUCUAUGGAUCUACCUCAUUCAGGACCGGAUUCCCUUUACCACCACGAUGCUAUGCGCCACUGUGUCGGUCCUGCGACGUCAUCGCAGCCUCUUCGUCAUCUCCCUCGGCUCCGCCAUCGCAAGCUGGUGCUUCGUCAUGGCGGCGGUGGCGUGCGUGCUGCCGAGCGUGCUGUGCCUUCUCGCCGGCAAGGCGUCCAGCGCGGAUAUCGCCUACCCCAUCAUCCUCGUCUUCUGUGUCUUCUGGGUGCAGGAGGCGCUAAGCGCACUCGUGCAUGUGACCGUGUGUGGCGUGGUAGCCACGUGGUACUUCGCCGGUGAGGGGAACAUGCCAUCCUGCCCCGUGCAGACCUCGUUUCAGCGCGCCACCACGACGAGCUUCGGCUCGGUCUGCCUGGGCUCCCUCGUCAACUCCAUCGCGUCCUUUGCUCGCUUCCUCGUUGAUACGGUGCGCAGCAGCAGCGACGGCGACAACUUCUGGAUGUGCAUCAUGAGCUGCCUGGUGGGCUGCAUCGAGGACUUGGUGCAGUACUUCAACCAGUAUGCCUUUGUUCACGUGGCCGUGUACGGGUGCGGCUACGUCGACGCCGCCAAGGAGACCUGGAUGCUUGUGAAGCAGUGCGCCUUCUCCGCGAUAUUCAACGAUUUGUUGACGGGGCAGGUGAUCGGCAUCCUCACCUUCAUGAGCGCGCUGCUGGUGGCCCUCCUGACGGCGGUCGUGACGUGGAAUGCGGUGGCGGUGGCGCUGAUGUUUUUCAUGUCACUUAUCGUGAGCAGCAUCUUCUACAACCCGGUAAGCUCGUGCGUAGCAACGAUCUUUGUGUGCUUCGCGGAGGUUCCGGUGGGACUGCAGCUCUCGUUCCCGGAGCUGUACGCCGCCCUUGUAGACGCCGAUGCCGCCUAUACGCAGCGCCGUGGAGAAGCCAGCGUGUACGGCACCGCUCUUGUAUAA